AGAUCUGGCUCUCGUUAACGAAGCAUGGGGCAGCAGGACUUCUGCGUGCGCUUCUACGCAGGCUAUGGGGCAUACCACAAUGAAAAGUACGCAGGAAUGAAUGGCGGACGGACAAAGAGAAUCGGGAUUCAUCCGUUGUCCUCUCGGCUGCACUGACUGUCACGCCUGCAUGUGUGCUGUGCUGCCUUUGCACCCCAUGCACCAGGGUCAACAAGGUGCUGCACAUCGUGUUCAUUCCUGUCAUCCUCUUCACCCUCCUCGGCUUCAUCGAAUAUGCCCGGCUCCCCGACUGUCGGCUGACCCUCCACGGACCCUGGGGCCUCUCACUCAACUACCUCUACUUCUUACAUCUCCAUCUGCUGGUAGAUGCUGCGUCUGACCUCUCUUCUUACCUCUACUUCUUAUGCUUACCUCUCAUCAGGUCUCGUGGAGGUCCGACGUGCCCGCUGCUGCGGUUGAGUCGGUGGUCUACGUGGUGAUGAUGCUGGUGUCUGACCGCCUGUACGGCCUGCUGCAGCCCGGUCUGUACUGGAAGGUGCUCCUGCCCUUCCACCUGCUGGGCUGGACGGCCCAGUUCAUCGGGCACUUUGUCUUUGAGGGACGCCGGCCAGCUCUUUUCGACAAUCUGCUGCAGGUACAGAGCGCUGGGUGACUGAUUGGGUUGGUUGGAAUGGCCCUGACUGACGGUGCAUGUUGUGUGGACGGGCCGGGACGGAUGUUUGUGCGGUGCAGAUCUUCUCGGCUCCGUUUUUCGUGGUGCUGGAGCUGAUGUUUGCGUGCGGGUAUAAGCCCAAGCUGCGGCAGGAAUGCGACGUGCAGAUCAAGGCAAACAUCGCUGAGCUCGAGGCGCUGGAGGCAAAGGCAAAGUCGAGGGGCAAAAAGGGCUGAUGUUCCUGUCGCGUGUGUUGGCGCCCUCUGGUUCAUUUUUUUGCAUAUCGUUGGUGCGCACGGUGCUUUUUGC